AUGGCGUCGCUACACCCACCACCAUCAGCACCGGCGCCGAAAGCAACACUCCUCACGCUGCCUCGAGAGCUUCGCGACAUGAUCUACGAGUUUGUCUUCCUCGAUACAAUCGUCCACGUCACAGAGCAGUACCCCAGACGGUCACCUUGGCUCGCACGCUCUACCAAGAACCACGACGCCCUCCUCCGCACGUGCCUCCAGAUAUACGACGAGUCCUGGAACAUCUACUACCGCCUCACAACUUUCUACGUCGACUCCUCGCCUCUCUCAGCCCUCUGGUAUCGUCAACUCGACGCAUAUCAGAAAAGCAGCAUUCGAGAGAUGCGUUGCACGACCUGGUACAACAGACAUUCCAACACGUAUUGGAUGUAUGGGCGGCUUUCGGACAAGUACGCAUCGAUCGCAAUGUAUUGGACUUGGUACGAGGCUCAGAGGGCGCUGAAGGAGACUAGAACAGUCUUCGAGCAGGCUGGAGGCCCAAUCAAGGAGGGUGUGAUGAAGAUCGAGAUUGACAAAUGGGAUGGAAUGGGCAUUGAAAGGGUCUGGAGCAUGGAGCCUUGUGGGGAGGAGUAUUCGGUGUGGAAGAGGGAUAAUCUGGGUUGA